CUCACCAACACCCCAGCCACUCCUCUUUCGGUAGCCAAGGUGAAAGUGAAAGCUGAAGUUACAAGAAAAGGAAGUGUCCAAACAGGUCGUGCACAGUCCCCUCACUGUCCUGCAGGAACCCCUACCCCGGCACCUCCUUCUUGCCCCUUCCUGACCUCCCCAACCUUUCCAGCCUCCUCUUGGUCACCCUUGCUGAGCCUGGAGCAGCCUCACCUCCACCCAGCUCAAACCAUGCUGCACUCAGCCCGGGAGCCUCAGGGGGGCUUCUCCUUCGAAAACUGCCAGAGAAAUGCAUUUCUAGAGUCUUCCCUAAAGGGACUUCGUGUCCCCCAUGCCCGAAAAACUGGUACCACCAUCGCUGGCCUUGUGUUUGAGGGGGGAGUCAUCCUUGGGGCAGACACCCGGGCCACCAAUGAUUCAGUUGUGGCUAACAAAAACUGUGAAAAAAUCCACUUCAUCGCUCCCAAUAUCUACUGCUGUGGGGCAGGGGUGGCAGCGGAUGCAGAGAUGACCACACAAUUAAUGGCGUCCAACAUGGAGCUACAUGCUUUGUCCACCGGCCGGAAGCCACGGGUGGCCACCGUCUCACGAAUGCUUCGCCAGAUGCUCUUCCGCUACCAGGGCCAUAUUGGAGCCUCCCUGAUUAUAGGGGGAGUGGAUAUCACAGGCCCCCAUCUCUACAGCGUGCAUCCCCACGGCUCCUACAGCCAUCUCCUUUUCACUGCCAUGGGCUCUGGACAGGGACCGGCCAUUUCUGUGCUAGAGGAUCGCUUCAAACCAGAUAUGACGCUGGAAGAAGGGCAGCAGCUGGUGGUGGAGGCAGUGACUGCCGGAAUCCUGGAGGACCUGGGCUCAGGAAGCAACGUGGAUGUGUGUGUGAUCACCCAAGCUGGCAUCAAGAUCCAAAGGGCAGUGAGCACUCCAGCUGUUCUCUCUAAGAGGCAGGGCAAGUAUGACUACCCAAAGGGUACUACAGCAGUGAUGAAAGAAACCGUGACACCUCUGGCCUUGGAGAUGAUUGAGGAGACUGUACAGACAAUGGAGGUGGAGUGAGUGAGACCUAGUGGUCAUGGGGUCCCCCACAAGGCACAGAAAACUUCCAGGACAAUAAAAGUCUUUGAAAUGA